CCUUGAAUCGACAAUGAGCUACGUUAUCUUUGGACGGGCAAUCAAAAACGAAUAUAUUGCCCUGGGCACAUUCGCUUCAGUUUUCGGCGGCGCAUUCCUCGCGACACGGGGCAGGAAAAAAGAAGGUCCUCCGCCGACGCUUGUUGAACAGGUCAAGGCGACUGUGACUUCAGGAGACAGUGAGGAAGAAGAAUUGUACGUGCACUGACGCCUCGAGUCGGAAAUGGAUUGCAUGACUGACGACAGAUUGAACAGCAUCAAGAAAUUCGUGGAAGAGGCGGAGAAGGAGGCGGAGAAGGAGGCGAAGCAUUAAGAAUAAUGAGAGCUUGAAUACGUUGUCUACCCUUGCCAAUCUUAUUAGCUAGCAACCCUAUCGUUACCUUGUUUGUUACCACCAUGUCCUCUACCGUGAAUCCCAAGCGUCACUCCUUCAAUAUCACUCCCGGUGCACGUCCUUUGCAUCUCCUCAAUGAAUCCCAGUCAGAGCCGCCGUCGUCGCCGUCGCCGCCACUGCCUCGCCGCCAGUCGACCAUUUAUUACAGAGAAAUCGAACGGAAGCACCGCGAACCACUGACCUUGACUGAAAAGCAUGCUGAUCUCCUCCACUUUAUCGCCCAAAAGGAGUCCAAGUGCCUCGAAUUACGAUCCCAGCUUGCCGUACACGAAGCAGAACUUCUCCAACUCAAGCGCAAGUGGGAGCGGAUAGUAUCCAGGGGAUUCGAGAGGCAGCAGCAGACCUCGUCGCCGUCAUCUACAUCCUCCUCCUCCUCGUCGGCAUCGUCGUCUACCCAAACUCUUGCUACCCCACCUCCGCAGCAGAGCACCCCGACUUCACCAUCUCUGCCCCCAGAUACGCGUGACUCUGGCGCAACACCACUUAUCAAUCCAGCUCCCGACUUUUCUUCAUGGCUCUCCACCGUCGGAGUCCCAAAUUUGCCAAAAAGUUGGGACGUACCGGCCCUCUCCAAGCGGGCGUCGUUGUUAGGGCAGUCAAUCGCUCAGGCCCUGGACUUGUCACCACCACCGUCGACUGCUAGACCACUCACAGGGAAGACGGGUCGACAUUCACACUCGGCAUCGACUCCAUCGGCUUCAUUACCUUUAUCAACCUCCUCGCGCCCAUCACCAUCGCUGCCGGCAAAGGUCCCUGCGGUGAUGUCACAUCCCGAUUCGUCUUCUACGCCCUCCAGUCCGUCGCCGCCAAGUGCCAAUACUCGACUUCCCACGCUGCCUCUGGCGACGACUGAAGAGAUGAACCCUACUAAGCCGAUGUCGUUGGCGCGCACUCCAGAAGAAGAGGAAGACGAUGAUGCGUGGAACUGGUAGAAUCCAGGCGCUCGGGUUGUAAUUAUGCCAUAAUAUUGGGCACGCUUUUGGGUUCACGGUUAUAAAUGUCAUUCUUUGGCUUUCGAGGCACGUCACGCAUACCACACUCCUUUCUUUUUGCAUAUACACUUUAACCUACACUGCAUAUAGCAUGUACUUACUAGGCCCCACACUAUUAGGAACAUAGAUUGUUGCUUUAAGUCAUAUUUGGCUGGACCCUGCCUUUUUCUGAUAAUCACG